GAGAGACCUUCUGCCUGACGCGUCGCCAUGUCCGAGGAGAAGCCCAAGGAAGGAGUAAAAACGGAAAACGACCAUAUCAAUUUAAAAGUAGCUGGUCAAGAUGGAUCAGUGGUCCAGUUUAAAAUAAAAAGGCACACACCGCUGAAUAAACUGAUGAAGGCGUAUUGUGAGAGACAGGGCUUGUCAAUGAGACAGAUUAGAUUCAGAUUUGAUGGACAACCAAUUAAUGAAACGGACACACCUGCACAGUUGGAGAUGGAAGAUGAGGAUACUAUUGAUGUAUUUCAACAGCAGACAGGUGGCAUGUGGUAGAGAUCCUGUCCCUUGGGGAAGAGGAAUGUAAAAUGUCACUCACAUUAUCAUCUGUCCUUGGAUUUGCUAUUAAAUAGUAAACAAAUGAACAUGCCAAUCAUACAGGAAUCUUCUCACGUUCUGAGGACACUUACCCAAAUUAUUUUCCUGUCCCUGAUAUACUGCGUGUGCAAGUCGAAGCUGUGUCUGUGGAAAAUAAGUGCAUCAUAAAAUGGGCCCAGUCGAAAUUAAAUUUUCAAAUAAGUAAAAUACUGGCUGUUGUCUGCUGUCAUCUUGUUCUUAUAAAUCCGUGGCCUAAAUACCCAUCUACUGUAAAACAAGAAGUCUUUAGUCUGGCUUUUGUUGUUUUUGUUCUACAGCUUGGUUAUGGUAAUGUAAAUAUUGAAAUAUUUUCUUCCUUAAAAGUAGUAAAUUUCUUCUCAGAAAAAAUGGCUUGAGAAAGAAGAAAAGGUUUUUACCAUUAAAUGCAGUUAUUUUAAAACUGCUAAUGGGAUAUGCAGAAGGACAGUACUUGCAGACACAAUGCUGAUUAUAGUGGCAGUUUACAGUAAUGCAAAUGUACGUGUGCUUUUUCAUAAUAAAAUAGCAUAGAAU